GCGACAGCCAAACCGGAAGAGAUCUGAGGCCCCGCAGCGAGAGGAGGGCGACGGAGCAAGGGCAUGUGACAUCCUCCCUCGUCGCAGGCCAUGUGCCCGGACAUGAAUCCACCCCAUGCAACGAGGGAGGUUGCAUCCGAGGUUUUAGAUAAUAAUCUUAACCAUCACAGCCUGCAAGAUGCCGAUCAUAUGCGACAGAACGGGAGCAGGAACCCUGCUAAGUCUAGCAGCAAUAAUCUGUCCGCCGGCGACAAUGUCUCCCCCGACGCCUCGCUGCACAAACAGGAAGAUGUGAGCCGCGAUCCAUCUGCCGCCUCUGCUGAUGACCGCUCAAGUAGGUCUGGUGAUGAUUCCGAUGGGGCUGAAAGUACGAAUGGCAAAGGCAACAAUACAGACCCCACAGGCCUUGAAAAUGAUAGCAUCUGGAUACCACCUGAAGCAGCAGACAAGGGAGACGAGACUGAGAGUGUUACUGGAAACAUUGCUUAUGAUGACGAUGACGAUGAUUGUGGUGAUGGAAUAAAGUGGGGGCAGUCAACUUUUCCAGCCGCCGGUGAGGAACACGAGGCCAGUCCCAGUCCUACGGACGAACGAGAAAACGCGAUGCUGGAAGCCAUGAAUGGGCAGCUCAAGAUACUUGUGAGUCGCUUUCUGGCCUCUGCCGGUAUCCCCUUCGAAAAAGGAGAGAGCAGUGAGAGUUGGCUCGAUAUUGUGACCUGCAUGUCGUGGGAAGCUGCACUUCUUAUCAAACCUGAUGCAAAAAUCGGAAACGAAAUGGACCCUGGAUCUUACAUUAAGGUCAAGUGUGUAGCAUCUGGUACUCGCUGGCAAAGUGAGGUGAUAAAGGGACUUGUCUUCAAAAAGAACACUGCUCAUAAGCACAUGCCAACCAAUUGUCACAAUCCUAGGCUGCUACUACUGAAAGGAGCACUUGGACUUUCUGGUGCUGGUUUAUCGUCGUUUAACUCAAUGGAUCAGGAAAAAGACCAUCUGGAGAGGACUAUAAGUAAAGUAAUGGAUAUAUGCAGUCCCAAUGUUAUCAUGGUCGAAAAAACUGUUUCACGAGAUAUACAGGAACUUGUACUAAAAGAAGGUUGUACACUAAUUCUUGAUAUGAAGCUCAGCCGGUUGCAAAGAAUUGCACGUUGUACGGGUUCUCCCAUAAUAUCAUUUCCAGAAGUUUUGGAUAACCCGAAGCUGAAGCAGUGUGACUACUUCCAUACUGAAAAAUUCGUUGAAGAGCAUAACAGUGCCAGUGAAGGUGGGAAGAGACUAUCUAAAACAUUAAUGUUCUUGGAAGGCUUUCCCAGACCAUUGGGUUGCACGAUAUUGCUACGGGGAGCAAAUACUGAAGAACUGAAGAAAGUCAAGCAAGUCAUGCAUUACACAGUCUUUGCAGCAUACCACUUGAUCCUUGAAACAUCUUUCUUUGAAGAUCAGCGGGUAUUCUUAAAUGAUAGGAAUGCUUCAAAAGAAAAUUACUUUGCCACUAUGAUAGGGCCAUCAGCAAUUGGUUAUGAUACUGCUGUUACGUCUGGUGCUAUCCCUCUGUCACAUGAUGAUUCUCCAGCACUUAGAUUAUACCACGCCACUUCGAAUAUCUAUGCUGAUGGGAAGAAAGCUCUCAGUUGUUCAGAUGUAGAUGCUCCAGUUUUAAUCACCAAUAGUUCUUUGAAUGAACUUGCAGAAGGUGCAAAUAUCCAGUAUAGCUCAACACCACUCCUUCAUGCAGGAAGGCUACCACCACCAGUCUCAGAACCAUUAAGAAAAUUUAAUGAUAAGUUACGCCAUCAGAACAUUAAUUUACCUGUGACAUCAAUGCAAGAAACAACUGAUAGUCAAAUAGAAGGCAUGGUUCAAUCCGGGGAAGAAAUUCUUAGUAAUGGAUUUCAUGUUGGGUCAAAGGUGGAAGAGUCUGCAGUUCCCAGUGAAAAUUUGGAUGACACAGAAGAUCUCUUGAAACAAGAAAGAACUCAAGAUAUGUGUGAGAAACACGAUGAAUCAUCCGCUGUGGCAGAAGAUGUGGAAUACAGUGGCAAAGAGAACGUUUAUAACAAAGAUCAAGUUGAUGAUGCACUUGAUUCGCAUAGUAUACUGAUUUUGAUGUCUAGCCAAUGCAUCACAAAGCAGGGUACAGGUGACCAGAGCCACCUGUCCCGUAUAAAAUACUAUGGGAAUUUUGACGUUUCCUUAGGGCGAUACUUGCAAGAAAUUUUGCAGAGUCAGAAACCAAGCUGUUCCUCAUGUGAGGCUCACAUAUACUCUUACACUCAUCAAAAUGGAAAUUUGACUGUUCAGACAAAGCAACUUAUGUCCCAACAUAGUUUACCUGGCGAAUCCGAAGGAAAAAUCUGGAUGUGGACUAGAUGCUUGAGAUGUGAACAUGAACAAGGAAUAUCUAAAUCGACUCCAAGAGUGCUAAUAUCAUCUGAAGCGCGCAAUCUCUCCUUUGGGAAAUUCCUGGAACUCAGUUUCUCAACCCACUCUGCAGCCAGAAGGUUAUCCAUAUGUGGUCAUUUGGUGAACAGGGACUGCCUGCGCUUUUUUGGGUUGGGCUCCAAAGUUGCAAGGUUCCGUUACUCAUCAGUUGAAAUUUACACUACCUGCAAACCACAACCCACCCUCCACUUUGACAACCCCAGCAAAGAGAAUUGGCUUGAAGAAGAGAGGAGACAUGUUCUUGCUAGAGGUAUGACACUUUUCUCUGAGAUAGCAAGCUUACUACAACACUUGAAGAAUCGAUGUCAUGAUGUGGUAAUAGCCAACUGUGGCACAUUUCUACCUGUUAAAGACUUCUCUGAACUCGAAGAGUUGUUAAUAAAAGACAAGGCCAACUUUGAGGAUUCACUAGUAAAGACAAUCAAUCAAAAUGGGAGAUCAUCUUCAUCCGUGCAUGAACUUAUUAAUAUAAAUUGGUCUUAUCAGGACAUCCUACUUGAACUUUAUGCAUGGGACUGUCGGCUCCAUGAUCUUUUUAAGUGUAAACCUGCUAGACAAGGAAAUGGUGCUAAUGGCUAUGAUCCUACAGACACCGUUAAAAAGAUUUAUGGGGCCAGCUAUGAGCCUGACAAGCAAAUUGACAAAUUGACGUGCGAAAAUACUAUGAAAGCUGAUGGGGCAGCUGGGAUCACCGAGCACACAAGCAACAAACUUGGCAUUGAUCAUAAUCAAUUAGGUGAGAUUGCAGCAACCUUGCUUGAUGAUAGUCAAGAAGUUGGGAAUUCCGAGCUUUCUUACAAUGGGGCUAGUAAAGAUGGAGUAUCUACCAUUGGUCCUGGUCAACUAGAGGUGGACAGCACGACACAAACCCAGAAACUAACUUAUGAAGUUUCAAAUGAUACAGAGCUCCAGGGAAAUGGGGUACUGGUGCAUCCAAUUCCCAUGGAGCAGGAGCAUUCAAGCACUCUUCACAAGUCCAGAAGUUCUGAUUGGGAUGAUAGCGAAAGAUGGAUUUGGAGUUCAUUUCGUGAGUCUCAACUGGCUUACAGGAAGGAAAUUCAAAUUGGAUGUUUGGAGAAAUUUGAACUUGUUAACCAUUAUUCUCCAUCUCAUCUAUCCCCCUUGUUUGAAAAGCAUGAAGGAGACUCUCCUCAGUUCACGGUUGGCCCUGGUGGUCAUAUUUUGUGUGUAUUGGAGCAUGAGGUAUCUAGUAUAAUAGCUUGCGCUCUUGCCAUAUCUGAGGAGCGUCGUCAUGAUACCAUAAUCAUGAAAGAGGCAGAUGAUGCCAGGGGGGAGCAUACCAAAACAAUGGAGAAAUCUUAUAGUCUUCUAUCUGAAAGUUCUUUUAUUUCAUCACCAUGGUCAUCUAUUGGAUCUUUAGACUCUGAAGCAAGCUUUUCAUCUUCUAUUUCAUCAUAUUCAUCUGGUGACCUUUCGGGUUAUGAUACCUCGCCUUUAUUGCCCUUGGUACAUCCAGAAAUCAGUGUGAACGGAAAAGUAACUCUCAGACGCAAAUAUUCAGUUACUUGUUUAUAUGCUGAUCAAUUCCAUCUUCUUCGAAAGAAGUGCUGCCCAUCUGAACUUGCAUAUAUUACUUCAUUAAGCCGCUGUAAGAGCUGGGAUGCUCAAGGUGGAAAGAGUAAAGCCUUAUUUGCAAAGACACUGGAUGAUAGGUUUGUCAUAAAGCAAAUCAAGAAGACAGAGUUUGAGUCAUUCAUAAAAUUUGCCCCUGAUUACUUCAAGCAUGCUUACCAUUCUUUAGACACUGGGAGCCAAACUUGCCUUGCUAAAAUAUUAGGAAUCUAUCAGGUCAAGAAAACGAGGCAUGGCAAAGAGAUAAAGAUGGAUCUGAUGGUGAUGGAAAAUCUUAUGUUUGGGCACAAUAUUUCUCGGAUUUAUGAUCUUAAAGGUUCUACUUUUUCACGAUACGUCACGAACUCAAAUGACCCUGACACUGUUUACUUGGAUCAAAACUUUGUUGAAGACAUGGGUAUUUCUCCAAUCUAUAUUGGUGGAAGAACAAAGCAUCUCUUGCAGCGUGCAAUCUGGAAUGACACAUCUUUUCUCACUUCAGUUAACGUUAUGGAUUAUUCUCUGCUUGUGGGAGUGAACAAAGAAAAGAACGAACUUGUGUUUGGCAUCAUUGAUUAUUUGAGGCAAUAUACUUGGGACAAGCAACUGGAGACAUGGGUGAAGACUUCUUUAGUACCAAAGAAUGUUUUACCAACUGUGAUUUCUCCUAAGGAUUAUAAGAAAAGGUUUAGAAAGUUCAUGGGCAAGUACUUCCUCGCAGUUCCAGAUACUUGGAGCCCUGACAAUUCUUCUGAGUCACACAAAUCUUUUGGUCAUAGCAAUAACAAGUUGGUAGAAGCCCAUAAGGAUGAUAACCUGCUUCAGCGUCCAAUUCAGGCUGAUGCUUGAACCUAGUUCUGUUCAGGACUCCUUUGACAGUUCUUUAAAGCCUAUCCAUUUAUUUUUGUUGGUGGCUGAUUUUAGCUUUGUAAAAUGGUGUGCAUAUGAAGGUCUCACUAUUGACCUUUCCAGAAGUUUGCAGCUUUUAGGCAGAUUUCUGGGGCAAGUGAGCACAGUACAUGUACCUAUACAAAUGUAAAUUGUGAAUUCACAAUUAUUAUAGUGAAAUUUACGAAGUUGAUAUGAUUAUUUUGGGACCUA